AGCAAAUUGAAAGUAUAGUUGCUGACAAGCCAAAGUGCAGCUUCCGAAAUGGACUUGGCCAGGGUCACAGUGCAGGCGCCAAGCAGACUGCUAAGUGCGCCAAGUGGCAGUCUCAGAAGACCAAAGCCAUGCCUUGGCUACGAUUUGGACAGGAGCGGCCGAGCGACGAAGAGACUAUCACAGGAGGCUUGGGAGGCUGCCACAACAACUGCAGUUUUGACGGCAUGCGCGAGGCAUCGUGGCCGGAGACGCCUGGUGGCAUGCAAAGCGGCAGAGGUAAAGGUUACAGAUGCGACGAAGGAAGGGAAGAAGGCCACGGAGUUUUGCAAGAAGGGCUCCAGAAUAGAGGUGUUGGCUCCCUCCCAGCGCUGGCGCGAGGCACAGGUGGUUCGAGUUGGGGGUGGUGUUGCUCGUGUUCACUACUCAGGCUAUGAUGCACAGUUCGAUGAGGAGGUUCCCUUGGACGAUGGAAGGCUCCGACCAUGGGGUCAGCUGCGCGGCGAAAAGCUGGCAGAGCGCAAGGAAGGCUUUCAGCUACAGAUAGAUGCUGGAUGCUGUCCAGGGUGCGGGGUGCGCUUACAGUGCACCGACAAAAUGGCCUUAGGCUACAUUCCGCGCAACAAGUUUGUCCAGGAGGAAGCGGAGGAUCCAUCCAAGCCGCUGAAUGCCGAGGAUGAGGUGGCGUUGCUUUUGAAGGAGGACAACGCUCAGGAACGGAACACCUUUGCCGUGCCCAGUCGAUCAUCGCAGAAGUUCUUCAAAGUGGUGGCGAACGUGUACCUGGACAUUCGCAAGGAGCCGGAUGUCAAUGCGGAGCGCACUGGCGAGAGCUUGGUGUUUGGCGAGCAGUUUCAGGUCGACGAGGUGUUGCUCAGCGCUGAUGCGCGCAACUACUUCCGCUUGGCUGAUGGGCGAGGUUGGGUGUUUGACCGCGGCAUGGUCAGGGGUGCUAUGACACAACUGAUUGCUCCAACCACCAACGGGCUAUCUGAAAUCAAGAAGGCCCAGAAUGAAGCCAGAAAGCCGGUUUGUAUGCGCUGUUGGGGGCUCUGGCAGUACAACGACUGCGAUGAUGUUCUGAGACCAGCCUACGGAGGUGCAGGAAGCCAACAAGCAGCCUCGGACGAGCUUACAGCGGAAGCUUUUGAGGACCUCCUGAACAACACGCUGGCUCCAGUCCAGGAGGCUUGUAUCUUUGCGGUGGUGGACGUCUUCGACUUCGGUCCAUCGUUUAAGCUGCUGCAAUACCUUGCUGAUCAGGUGUCCAAGAAGCCGAAGAUACGCGUUCGAAUCAUCGCCAACAAAAUUGACCUGCUGCCCAAAGACAUCAACCGCCCCCGGCUGCGGGGAUGGGUGGCGCGGGAAGCCCAGCUCGCCGGGCUCAGCCGGGUGAAGAUUAUGGACGUCUUCCCCAUGUCCUGCCAUAGUGGGGAGGGCAUCAGGCCUGUGUCCAAGCUUCUUGAGCAGAACAACACCUUUGAGGAACAUUACGUGGUCGGUGCUGCCAACGCUGGCAAGUCGUCUUUUCUGAACAGACUGACUCUGCGGAAGCGACGUGGAAUUGGACGUGUCACUGCAGAGGAUCAAUCGGGCUUCGUCGUGAGUGUUCUACCUGGUACAACCCUCCGGCCGAUCACGAUGAAGUUUGAUCAGGGCAACACGAAGGUGAUCGACAUGCCCGGGUUGCUGGUUCCUGGCAGCAUGGCGGAGAGGCUGACCUUGGAGGAUCUGAAGGAGAUCAUUCCACAGAAGAAGGAAGCCGUUCGGCUCACGUUCCACAUGGACGAGGGCAGGUCGCUCCUGCUUGGAGCUUUGGCGCGGCUAGAUUUUGUGCAGGGCAGGCCAUUUCAGUUCACGGUCUGCGUGUCAGAGAAAGUGAAGAUCCAUAGGACCCGGAUUGACAAGGCUGCGAGGAUAUGCCAGGAAUGGGCUGGUGAGGAGCUCACCCCCCCAUUGAGCUCGAAGCGAUUCAGCCAGCUCCUGCCCUUCCAGCCGCAGCGCUUUGAGCUGACGGGCAACGGAUGGGAUGAAGCUUGUAUGGAUAUCGUAUUUCCUGGCUUGGGCUGGGUUGCCAUUACUGGUUGUGGUGACUGCGUGGUUGAGGCGCACGCACCGGAGGGUGUGGAGGUGAUGAGCCGCGAGCCACUGUUGCCUCACGAGGCCAAGUGGACCGGCGUGAAGUACCGCGGCUUUCCUGGUUGGUACAAGAUCAAGGGCCGGUCUACCCGUGGCUUUGAGACUGGAAGGGCGAGAUAUGGCGUGAAGGGGCGGUGGUGACGACAUCGCUGACACUUUAAAGCCGCCAACGAACGUACGGGACCUUGCGCGAUGUUUCGCAAGUGCAACAGCUACUGUUGCUUGGCCUGCUGCGCAGUCUCUCAGUUUCCUCAUUUCGAUC